UUCUAUAAAAGAAUGACCUUUCUUGGUUAAUUUACUCUCUUAUCUUCAGACUAAAAUCUCUAUAAUAUUAAAGAUGGGAGUUUUAAAGAGAAAAGUUUCAAGUAAUAGAGGACUUGGUGGUGUUCUCAGAGAGCAAAGAGCUAGGCUUUACAUCAUCAAACGAUGUGUUGUGAUGCUCUUAUGUUGGCAAGAUUGAUCUUGGUUGAUCCAAGUGGUGAUACUUUGAAGCUGAAACGGAGCAAACCAAUGAUAGCAAGAAGAUAUGAAGGAGAAAGUGGUUUAGGUUUGCUUGCCAAUCGUCGAUUAUGGGGGAUGAAAGUUAAAUUUUGAUAUGGGUAUAUAUUUACAGUUGGUGGUUGUUAGUUUGUAAAAAUGACGAAUAAAACGUUGGGAUAAAUUUUGUAAUGGCGUCUGCCUUAGUUCUGUAGCUCCUUGUAUAAAUUCAGUUAUCUCACACAUAAACUAACCAAGAUGUGUUCUUGUUUUGUUUUUAA